AUGAAGCUCAUAAUAGAAGAAAGUGCCGAGAAAGUAGCCGAUUUUGCAGCACGCUAUGUAAUGAAGAGGAUCAACGAACAUGGAUGUGGACCUAAUCGCUACUUUGUACUCGGACUUCCUACUGGAUCCACCCCGCUUGGAAUGUACAAGAAGUUGAUCGAAUUUCACCGAGAGGGUAAAUUAUCAUUUCGAUACGUGAUCACCUUCAACAUGGAUGAAUACGUAGGCCUACCUCGAGAACACCCGGAAUCAUAUCACUCGUUUAUGUACACCAACUUUUUCCGUCAUAUUGAUAUCGAUCCAAAAAAUGUUCAUAUUCUUGAUGGCAAUGCAGAAGAUGUAGAGAAAGAAUGUCGUGACUAUGAAGAGCUGAUACGUGAAGUUGGCGGAGUUGAUCUAUUCAUCGGAGGCAUUGGCCCCGAUGGGCACAUCGCGUUCAAUGAACCUGGUAGUUCUUUAUCAUCUCGGACCCGAAUCAAGACACUCAAUGCGGAUACGAUUGAGGCGAAUUCCCGAUUUUUUGGUGGCGACAUGGCAAUGGUGCCUACACAAGCUUUGACAGUUGGUGUUCAAACAGUCAUGGAUGCAAGGGAGGUUAUGAUUUUGAUUACUGGUUCAAACAAAGCAGUUGCUCUACAUCAUGCCAUUGAGGACGGUAUUAGCCAUCUGUGGACAAUAAGCGCAUUUCAAAUGCAUCCAAAUACGAUGUUCAUCGCAGACGAUGACGCAACAUUGGAACUGAAGGUAAGAACUGUAAAAUAUUUCAAAGGACUCAUGCCACAUCACAGGAAGCUCAUUGAAUGAUCUUGAAUUCUUAAAUGUACAGUAAAUUGAAUUUCAAUGCAUGACUCACUGUAUCUUUCUCGGAACAGAUAAUUUUGAAUGGAAAACUUGCAGACUUAAUUUGAGAAUAUGAAUGUUUGA